CCCUCGGACACAGCGGAUCAUGGAAAGAGCCGAAGAUGUCGGCUCAGUCAUGUGAUCAGCUGUGUCCAAUCACAGCUGAUCACAUGGGACAUGUAUACUGAUCAUCAGGGCACCGAUGAUCAGUGUGCCCUGAUGAUCAGUGUGGCCCCAGCAAUGCCACCUGUCAGUGCUAAUCAGUGCCACGUGCCAGUGCCUAUCAGUGCCACACCAAUGCCACAUAUCAGUGCAUACCAGUGCACAUCAAUGCCACAUAUCAGUGCCCAUCUGAGCUGCUUUUCAAUGUCACCCAUCAGUGCCAGUCAGUGCCACCUAUCAAUGCCAAUCAGUGCCACCUAUCAGUGCUGCCAAUCAGUGCCAGUCAGUGUCACCUAUCAGUGCCAGUCAGUGCCGCCUAUCAGUGCCAGUCAGUGCCGCCUGUCAGUGCCAGUUAAUGCCGCCUAACAGUGCCAGUCAGUGCUGCCUAACAGUGCCGCCUAUCAGUGCCAGUCAGUGCUGCCUAUCAGUGCCGCUUAUCAAUGCCAUAUAUCAGCGUCAUGUAUCAGUGUCAUGUAUCAGUGCUGCCUUUCAGUGCCCAUCAGUGAUGCCUGUCAAUGCCAUCAGUGCAACCUACCAGUGCCUCCUCAUCAGU